ACAGGCUCUAGAGUCUAUGCAGAAAGAAUAAUAAAAAUAAAAUAAAAAAAAAUUAAGGAAAACGAAAAACAAUUUAGGGAGAAAGAGAAAGCGGCGCAGCGGCAGAAAGGUUCUUCGAGUUAGGGAAGUUGCAGUCAUGGGAGCUUUGCCUCCGGCGCCUCAUUGGCUUCCGCAAGACGAUUUUUUGCUUAAGAACGCCGCCGAGGCGGGUGCUUCACUACAGUCGCUUGCUAAAGGUGCUGUGCAGUUUUCUCGGAGAUAUACUGUUCAAGAAUUGCAGGAUAGAUGGAACUCUCUUCUUUAUGAUCCAUUUGUUUCUGAACGGGCGUCGAGUGAAAUGGUCCAGCUCGAGUGCUCUUUUGCGAUAUCGAAACUUAAUAGGUUCGAGAAUGACAAAGACGUUAAAUCUGUUUCUGGGAAGAGAAGAACGGAGAGUGUUAGAAGCUGCUAUUAUUCUAUGCGGAAGAGAGUCUGUAAUGAAGCGUACCCUUCGAUGGAUAUGAAUUUUCUUACUGGGUCCAGUAAUACGAGCGUGCCUCUACUACCAGACUGCGUCUUUGAAGAUUCAUUGGCAGAUCCGUUCGGUGACCAACAGUCGGGAUUUGAUUUCAUCGAUAAUGUUUUUCCUGAUCUUGAGGUUGCUCAUGAAAAUGCUACUGGAGGUGUUGUAGAUGCUACUUUUUUUGCAAUGGAACACAAUGAUCACUUCAUAAAUAGCAUCAACCUGCCCGAGAAUGUUUCUGCCACGGGGCUCGAAGUCCCAGUCUUGAAUUCACCGGUUUCAGAUUGUGGCAAGUCAUUUCACACAUUUGGACAUUCGCCUUCUUCUCAGAUGCCGGGAUGGACUCCAAUUGAGGGAACUUCACCGGUUCUACAUAACUUUCAGCUACCCAAGGAAGAACCGGAAAUGAUAAAUGAUUUCACGCUUCCUAUUGAUGGUAUUAUUCAAUCAGAACCGAAUGUGGAGGACCAAGUACCAGGUGACGGGGGGAUUUCUACUCCUAUCCCCGAUGAUCUCUUAGCAAAAAUCGAUUCUAUUCUCAACUCGUCAAUCGAGGAUGACAUGUUUCCAAUGGAUUAUAUCGGAGACGAGAUAAUUAAUGAAUCUUAUUUGGAUACUUAUGGAUCACUCCUAUUGGAUUCUCCGAGUGCCGAACAAAUAGCAAACGAAAGUUUUCCUCUAGUAUCAAUUGCUCCAGACGAAAACCUUAACAUUGCUCAACCCCAAGAAUCAGCUGAAAAGUCUCAAUACCAUUGUGGUGAUCGGUAUGUAGAGGUUCAAAUGCUAUCGUCUGCUCUAAGUGUCAAUCCCGCAUAUCCUGAACUUCGCAAUGGAGUUAUAUGCUGCACGCUAAACACUGAAGAUCCAGAUAUCCCGAGCAACGAUGAUGUUUUCCUUCCCAUCCGGAUGCCAUCAACAUCUUCGUUACCCUCUAUGAAACAAUGGAAAUACGAUGCAACUUUUCAAUCAACAUCCUCCUCUCUCAGAAAUAGCCACACAAACAAUAACGGAUGGUCUGCCCCGAAGAAGAGGGAACAAAGUAAUCACGAACAAUCUUAUAUGUCUUCUCAAAAGGUUGAAUUGCUGCAGCAUUCAGGAAUGGGUCUAAACCGUUCUGCCAGUGAUUGUGGGGUUAGUUAUGAGGUACCUAAUAGUGGCACUGGAAACGCGAUAAGAAUGAAUACAAGCUCAAAUGAAGGUCCGAAGCCAGUGACUUCACCGAGAAUAACUACAAUAUGUGCCUUGCCUGUACCUGCUAAGGAAACAAUUACGCAAAGUGAUCAUGCAAAGAACCUCAAUUGUAACCGCGAUCCCCAGCCAGUCCCUCUGUGCUUGCAGAAGAAGACUGUUACCGUUAAGCAUGAGCUAGAUUCUGCUGAUACUCUGCAAAAGAAUGAACCAUUUUGUGGUGAAAUGGUCUCUCCAAAAGCAACAAUCCCAGAGUCAAGCGCAGAGGCUUUACUGUUGGAGCAAGAAGAUUUGCCCGGUGAUAGUGAUGAGGAGGACAUACCUCACUUUUCAGAUGUUGAAGCAUUGAUCCUUAACAUGGACCUGAGCCCCGAUGACAAAGACAUCUCCUUUCAUAAGGAAGUUGCAAAAUAUCAACACCAGCAGACUAAAAGGACAAUCAUGAGACUAGAGCAGGGUGCCGAAGCUCAUAUACAAAGAGUGAUUGCAGCGCAAGGAGCAUUUGCUGUUUUAUAUAGCCGCCACUCAACUCAUUUUAUUAAAAAACCAGAGGUUUUGCUUGGGAGGGGAACUGCGGAGACAAAAGUUGACAUUGAUUUGAGCGGAGAAUGUUGUGGCAAUAAGGUUUCUCGGCGGCAGGCAAUUAUAAAGAUCAACGAGGAUGGAGUUUUCCUUUUGCAAAACGUUAGCAAACAUCUGAUCCGCGUCAAUGGCAAAGAAAUAGUGCAAAACCAAAGCGUGCAUCUUACAUCAAAUUCUUUGAUUGAGGUAAGGGGGUUGACGUUUGUAUUCGAGACAAACCAGAGCCGGGUAAAGCAACUUGUCGAUGGGAUGAGACGAGGAACCAUGUUCAAGGAAAACGAAGAUUGAAAAGCUGCUUGGCAUGCCCUGAGAAGUGCCAGGUUUUUCGUCGCACUUCCAGCGCUUAAGCUAGAUUGUCCCCUUCCUUUUCUCCCUUCUAACUCAGUAACUCUCUUGAAUGUGUAAAGAUAGAAGUUUUCUGUGUAAUCAGUAGGAAAAAUACUCUGCACCAUUUUUUAAUUUUUUUUUUUUUAGGGGGGUCAAAACUACACUUAUCCUUUUAUAAAUAGUACUAAUUUCAAGUUCUGUUAUCCUG